AAAUUAUUAUAGUAGGCUAGGAGCCUAGGAGGACCUACCUAUGUAUUAUGUACAAAAUAUAUUAAUCACUCGUCCACACUAGCAGCAGGCAGUGUCCCUAUGUUUUUCUUGUUCUGUGAUACAAUAUGGUAAUUUUGUAUACAAGUUCUAUUAUAAGAGCUAAUAGUUUUCGAACCAUUACAAAUUGUUUAUUAAGGAAAAAAUUAUCAACAUCAGUUAAUAUGACAUCAAAAAUAACAGAGAAAUUCAAGUUACCGUCUCGCCAUGAAGCAGGUGUAUACAAUGUAUGGAUUGAAUUUACUCAAUUAGCUGUAACUACAAAAUGUUUAAAUUUGGGACAAGGAUUUCCAGAUUAUGACCCACCAUCACGGUUUUCAAAUUUCUUAGCUGAGGUGGCUACUGAAAAGAAUUCAUAUUUCAAUCAAUACACUCGUGGAUUUGGACAUUUACGUUUAGUGAGAGCUUUAUCUAACUUAUAUUCUCAAUUGAUUAACCGAAAAAUUGAUCCCGUAAAUGAAAUAUUGGUCACUGUUGGUGCAUACGAAGCUCUUUAUUGUGCCAUACAGAGUAAUAUAGAAGAAGGAGAUGAAGCAAUUAUCAUAGAACCUUUUUACGAUUGUUAUGAGCCCAUAGUACGUACUGCUGGAGGCACUCCUAGAUUUAUACCUUUGAGAAAUACGAGGCCCAAUGCAUCAUUGCCAAAAGCAAGUGAUUGGAAGCUUGACCCUGAAGAACUGGCAUCAUUAUUCAGUUCCAAAACCAAACUCAUCAUCAUAAAUACACCACAUAAUCCAUUGGGAAAAGUAUUUGAUUACGACGAGUUAACAAUGAUUGCAGAUUUGGCCAAAAAACAUAAUGUUCUAGUUAUUUCUGAUGAAGUAUAUGAGUGGUUGGUGUAUGAACCAACUAAACACAUUAGAAUGGCUACAUUACCUGACAUGUGGGAAAGAACAAUUACAAUUGGAUCUGCUGGCAAAACAUUCAGUAUGACUGGUUGGAAACUUGGAUGGGCAUAUGGCCCGGCUAAUUUUAUAAAAAAUCUAUGUGUUGUUCAUCAGACUGCAAUAUAUACAUGUGCAACAACAGUCCAGGAAGCUACUGCAAGAGGAUUUGAACACGAAAUCAAUGCCCUCGAUACACCAGAGAGUUAUUUUCAAAGUUUGUCAAAAGAGUUAAAACCAAAAAUGCAAUAUCUCUUUAAAAUGUUACAAGACAAUGGCCUUCAACCAAUUAUGCCUGAUGGAGGAUAUUUUAUGAUUUCAAACUGGACAAACUUUGAAAAUAAAUUAGAUUUAAGUUCGGAAACUGAUAAAUACAAGGACUUUAGAUUUGUAAAGUGGCUCUCUAAGAAUGUCAAACUUCAAGGAAUACCGUUUUCAGCAUUUUACUCAGAACCUCAUAAAACUAUGGCUGAAAAUUAUCUCCGAUUUUGUUUUUUUAAAAAAGAUGAAACUUUGAACAAAGCAGAAGGCAUUUUAACAACAUGGACGCACGAUCUAUCAGAACAAAAGUCUAAACUCUAAAAUAUUUUGUUAAAAUUAUUAUAAUAAAAAAGAUUAACUAUCACAUUUUAUACUUGAGAAAAA